CGUUGAAUUAUCCCAAUAUAACCUCACGUAAUGUCACCACAGAAUGUUAAACCGGUGUUAAUGUAGGAUAUUUUGUUGACUCAAUACAGUAAGUAAUGUAAACUUAAGUUAAAACCGGAUACAAGAGAGCAUACACAAGUAUCCAUUGACGUUCCUGUCGUUUUGUGUCGUUCCGAAUUUGCAAGUUUUUAAUGUAUGACACGAAAAUGACGACAUCAUUUCCUAUCAUAGACAUGUCAAAGGCUUACACAGAGCGCAAGAAGCUCGCAAAGAAAGUAGUCCUUGGUCUCGAAAACGGAGGAUUUCUAUUUAUAGACAACGUCGCGAAUUUAGAUUAUGAUAAGCUUUUACGCGCAUGCAAAUGGUUUUUCGAUAAGCCGAUCGAAUUCAAGCGAACAGUGAUGCGAAAAUUGUGGAACCCCGAAAAUUCGAACAUUUACCGAGGGUAUUUUCCAGUCACAGAGGAAGAACCUUGCCGGAAGGAAGGUUUUAAAUUCGCGCGCGAUAUCAAAGAUGUUGACGUAACAGCUGCUGAAUAUAACAGGUUCUACGAGAAGUCUCCUUGGCCAAAGGAAGAUGGGGAAUUCCCUUUUAAGGAAUUCCUUCAAGAAACUUAUGAGAUUCUACACAACACAGCUUUAGAGAUUCUAAAGCUAGUCGCCAUCGGUUUGGAUAUAGAGGAAAACAUCUUCGAAGACAUGUUUUCGGACAAACCAUGUUCUACAUUAAGGAUCAUGCAUUACCCGCCUUGGGAAGGGAAACCGCCGAAAAACGCGAUUGUCGAAGAUGGAAAAGUCGUCGUAUUUCCGGAACACAUCGACAAAAACUUCAUGACGCUUCUCACUAGAUUCGACUAUGGCGGAAUGGAGUUUAAGACCAUAGAUGGUUCGUGGGCGGAAGUGGAUCCAAGACCCAAAAGUCUCGUCAUGAACAUCGGAGACAUCUUCUCCAGAAUGAUGGAUGGAAGGCUAAACGCGAGGACACACCGGGUAAUCGACAUCGGCACCGACCGUUACGCCGUUCCGUUCUUUUUUACGCCUCGUUACGACGCUGACAUCGGGGUCAACUUCAUGGAGCCGGAACACCGGGUGGAGCAAUACGGACCCUGGGUCCUCGACGUCAUUAAAAACCGGGAAAAGUAAUUUGAGUACCUUGUGCUACCGGAUAUUGAGUCGACAUCAUAUGGUGUCGUUUUUGUUUUUUGUACUAGACGAUAUUGUACGGCGAUUGAGUAACUAUGAUCGAGGCAAAACGUUAUUUUGAAAUAUAAAUGUAGUGUACGGACGGAGCUGCAUUACAUCUCUAUUUGGUGUCAUAUUUGUUAAGGAUUAACGACGGAAUGCAUGCAUGCAUUGAUGUCACAUUAAUACGGCUUAGUUUCUGUAUAUUUCAAAGAUAUAAAAUAUUGCGUUAAAACAAUAAUAAUGACGAUAACACUGACUAUAAUGACAUAAUUGACGACAAUGAUAUCUCUGAUGAUUGUGAUUGAUAAUUGACGACGAUGUGAAGAUAUGAUGAUUAAUUAAACAUAUGAUGCCACAGCCUGUUUGUUUUAUUCUAAAAGAAUAUGUAGUGUUCAGUAAUAUGUAUGAAUAAAUUGUAGCAUAACGUUACAAAUAUGUGAAGACAA